AACAACUUCUCAGCACGGAAUCCGUCCCGGAGUUUGGCACCGGAGUCCCCGACUAUCUGCGCUUCACCCCGGCACCCUGCAGCGGGAUUAUCGCCUUCCACCACAGCGACGGAAAUCAUCGGGAUCUCAGUGUUGUGAGGAUUUAUUUGGAGGUGAAGGAAGGAUUUUUUUUUUUUUUUUUAAGGUUCUAGAGCUUCACAAAGUUCAAGGAGAAACUCUGGAAACUUUUUUGGGGGAUUUUAAUGUUUCGGAUGCUCUUUUUCAUGUUCACGUGAACUGCUCCUACUCCCGGAGAGGUCUAACCAUGGUGUGUGGAUUGGGAUCUCCGCAGUGUUGGAGAGUUGAAGGCUUUGUGCGCGAGCUGGCACAAGUUGUGGCUUAAUUGAGUUGGCGACAGCAGGUCACUGCGCAGUGGCUGCGCGGAGCCUUCUUCUGCAGACGCUCAGUGAUGUUUCACGCCACGCGCGCUUGAUAUUACUUUCUAAUGCUGCGGGAGAGCCAGACAACGGUGACCACCGGCUGCGCAUGCUGCGCGCACCGUGCACAAACCCACGGUAGUGCGCGACGAGCGUAAAUCGAUGUGGCAUCUCCCGAGACCCGGACGGGACCGACAGGACGCAUCCGAAACGGUCUAGGUUGUCGUAUGUUCAAGUCGAGACGCUCAGGUCUUGUACGGCGACUCUGGAGAAGCCGUCUGGUCACCGAGAGCGACGGGCGGGAUGGAAGCAGACGAGGUGAGGGAGGACGGAACGGUCCGUGUGGCCGACACUCAGGAAAGCUCCACAGACACGAGCAGCGGUCGGUGACACACGCUGACCCGGCUCCGGGACUCUCGGGGGAGGCUGGAUACCUGACAGAGAGCGCGGAGAGGGAGGAAGAGGAGCAGCCUGACGAUGACCGGGGCGCCAUGUGCGUCCCGGAGCACAGAGGCUCCCGGCGGGGACAGGAGGGCGACAGUAGGACGGUGACGUGUUGUUUGUUUGGGGAAUGGGAUCUCAGACCCCGGAGCCCUUAUUGGGGCCCGAGAAAAGACGGAGGGUGCGCUUGUCAUUGCGCACCGAGGCACGCGGCGCUGGAGGAGGAACUCGCGAGCACCGCUCAUGCUUUUCUGAAAAGACUCAAGGAGAGAUCUCUGGACACCUUGGUGAAGGCCGUGGAGACCAAAGGAGGGAUACCCAGCGAGUGCGUCAUGGUGCCCAGCACUGAGCUGCGGCUCGGGGCUCAUCACAUAUCUCCACAGUGGCUCGUGUCCAAGGUGUACCGCUGGAGCGACCUGCCGCUCUCAGCCCGGCUCAAAACGCUCAGCCACUGCCAGAGCUUCGGCGCAGUGGACGGCGCCAAGGUGUGCUGCAACCCCUAUCACUACAGCCGCUUAUGUGGGCCAGAUUCACCUCCUCCCCCAUAUUCUCUGUCCCGUUCAGAUGAACACAAGCCACUGGACUCAACUCUGUCUUACACUGAAACUGUGCCCCCCCUCUCCCCCAAUACGCCUCACAUUACGCCGAGAGACUACACAGACACUGGUACCUCCAUCGGCUCCUCGACCUCCGGCGGCCAUCGCUCUCACUGGUGCAGCGUUGCCUACUGGGAGCAGCGCACGCGCGUGGGUCGCCUCUACCCCGCCUACGAGCCCUCGCUCAACAUCUUCUACGACCUACCUCAGGGCACGGGCCUCUGUCUGGGCCAGCUCCACGCCAACGCCUACCACAGCCGCCGCGACGACCCGGGCAGCCACGGCACGCCGGGUAUUCACGGACACCCCAGCCAUGGAAGCGGAGGGAGCGGCGGCGGCGGAGGCAGCAGUGGCGUUCAACAGAUACGCAGUAAAAUCGGCUACGGCAUCGUGCUGAGCCGGGAGACGGACGGAGUGUGGUUGUACAAUCGCAGCCAGCAUCCGGUGUUUGUCCACUCGCCCACUCUGGACCCACCCAGGGCCCGGGGGCUGAGCGUCAAGAGGGUGAUGCCGGGCUUCUCCCUUAAAGUGUUUGACUAUGAGCGCUCCAGCUGGAUGGCGGAGCACGGCGUGAAGCCGGAGUGCCAGGAGGGGCCCUGGGACCCCCACAGUGUUCGCAUCAGUUUUGCUAAAGGUUGGGGCCCCUGCUACUCCAGACAGUUCAUCACCUCCUGUCCGUGCUGGCUGGAGGUGCUCCUCAACAACCACAGAUAGCACACGGACAUGCAGACUCACAUGAGGUGUCGUGACCCGGUAUCCUAAUUGUAAUCUACCUAGAUUUAAUAUAAAAUUUAUAUAUUAUAUAAAAUAUAUUAUACAUGUAAAUACUUGAGUCAUUUUUACAAUGCAAUUAUUUAUGUAUAGUGUAAUGUGUAUAUGGACAAAACAAAAACAAAAAAAGGAACGAGAACAUGCACUUUUGCUUCUACAUAUGCAUUACAGUUUCUCAGUGUCAUUUUGCAAAUAUAAACUGUAAAAAAAUAAGACACACCUGGUUUAUGUUCUCAUGGUUUAGCGAUUCCAUCGAAAGGUGUGCCAUACACACGUUGUCAAUAAAGUAUUUGUAUUCAA